AUGGUUACUGCUCAGUACCGUUGGUAUGACAUGCCAAAGCAGUGGGUUCCCGAUCCAUUCGGAAACAGCAACCGGAAGCAGUACAGGUGCGUGGACAGCAACCUGCAGCACGAUUGUAUAUUCUCCGAUGUAUCAAUCGAUAGAGACACUCACGGUGCUCACUUCGGCCAUGAGGAUCGGACGCUGAACAAUCAGAAAAAUAUUACGUUCAGGAAUUCGUUCAUGAAAAUAUUACCAGAGGCUUUAUUAGACUCGUACCAAUAUGUGGAGCUGCUCAAUCUAACCGGCUUACAGAUAGAGAAAAUCGAACGAUUCGCUUUAACGAACGGUGUGUACAUCCGGAAGCUGUACAUGGACUUGAACGUCAUUCGAGAAUUGCCAAUAUUUGCGUUUCGCAACAUGAGAUUGCUCAAUGUGCUGGUGCUGGAUCGGAACGAACUUGUCAUGCUACCAGAAGGCAUAUUUUUCGGCGCACCUGAUCUUUCUGCACUGUCAAUCACGAACAACAACCUUCGGCGAAUAAAUGACAAUACCUUCAAGAAAAACAAAAGGCUGCAUUAUCUAAUAAUGUCCAGCAAUAAGCUCACCCACAUUGAUCUUUCGCUCGUUCCGAGUCUUAUCCAUGGAAAUGUGAGUUCCAACCUGCUUACGACGCUGUCAGUGCCAGAAGCGGUGAUCCUACUGGAUGCCUCGCACAAUCGCAUCGUUACUGUGACGGGUCCAACCAACCUGCACUUGACAAUCCUUCGUUUGCAACACAACAAUUUAACUGAUGUAGCAUGGCUUCGGAACUAUUCCGGUUUAGUUGAUGUUGAUCUUUCAUACAACGAGCUAGAAAAGAUAAUGUACAUCCACUUCAAGAACAUGCACCGUCUAGAGCGACUGUACCUGUCUAACAACCGGCUGAUUGCACUCAAGCUGGGUCCCUCACCCAUUCGAACACUUCAGAUACUCGAUGUCCGGCACAAUAAUCUACUGUAUCUGGAAGAGAAUCAGGAGCAGUUUGAUACAAUAGAGCAGCUGUAUCUCGAUCACAACUCGAUCGUCAUGGUUAAGAUCAGCUCCAACCACAUGCUGCUAAAUCUCACGCUAUCGCACAACGAUUGGGAUUGCAAAAAUCUAGAUGAACUGUUUCAAAAUGUGUCCGAAUCGGUGAUAAAUGACAGCGACCGGUACUGUAAGGAAAACUACCAACACAGGCAAAGUUUUUGCUGCAAGGAAAGUGACAAACCUUACCUGGACCGGCUGAUACACCACAUCAGUUUGGCGAGCGUUGCAGAAAAGCUCCAGCGUGCGCAAGGACGGUGCAGUGCAUCGGAAGCACUCAGUGGCGUCCAGAAUUUGACCAACUUCAUGACUCAGCAUGGUGGUGGCGCACUAUUGCAAUCCAGUCCACAGCGCCAGGCAGAGCUAAACCGACUGCAGUUUGUUGUUCUGCAGCUAAAGUACCAACAGUUGCAGCACGAGCAGCAUCUUCAAAAUAUGUAUAACGAGGUCAAUAAUACGAUGCGUCGCUACCGCGUGACAAAGGUAGGAUUGGUGCGCCCGAGCGACAACCUCCGCAAGCUGUUCGAACAUCUGAAUAGUCGACGUACGUUUAAGGAAGGCGAAACAGCGAAUCGCCUAUCGGAGGCAAAUCGCAAAAUACAUGAAGUGACAUCAUUGGACAGUGAAAACAAACACCUUGAGACGCUAUUGGCUGCGAAGAGAGAAACACUGUCUAAGAUCAAGAACGACACGAAGGGCCUAGAAAUGAGACUAAAAAAUCAGAUCAGCCGCAUCCUGAUGGACCAGGGUGAUUUCUUCCAGCUGACCCACCUGAACCUGUCCCGAAACAACAUCGCCAAUAUCAACAACAUCUUCAAGUUUCGCAACCUGAUCGAACUGGACGUGUCGUACAACGAGCUGGUAAUGCUCGAUUUCGUCAUCUUCGCGUUCAUGAAAAACCUGAAAGAUAUCAAGCUGAACAACAACAGACUGUGGAUACUGGACAACGGAAUUCCGUCACCUGCCAAGUCACUGCGAAGCUUGAACCUAGCGCACAACAAAUUUCUCUAUCUCGACCUUGCCGUGCUGGAUACGUUUCCCGCCCUGGAGUAUAUCAACCUGCACGGUAACGAUCUGAUCGACAUGCAGAUCGGUGACAUUGAGCAAAACUUCCCAUACCUGACGCUCAUAUCCUGCGACAAUAAUGAUUGGGACUGCAUCAAUCUGAUGCACAUCGUGACGCUGCUCGAACGGGCGUACGUCAAGUGGUCGAACCGCAACCGGAACUGUACCCAGCCGGAACAGCAUCGGCACAUCUGCUGCACCUCGGCCGAACAUCAUCUGCGCGAGAAGAUUGUACGGUUGACGCGCGAGAUAUACAGAUCGCGCAAGAUGAUCAAGCAGCUGAUCAUGGAGAAUGCGGAACUGCGCAGCGAGGUCGAGAUGCAGUAUCUGCCCAGUGACGGUACAUGA